AUACAUUUUCUGUCAGUUGACUUAUUGAUUAAUCGGCUAAUCAUUUAAAAUAUUUUUAUCGGUAAUGUUCCCGACAUUUCCUCUUUUGGUUCCUAUUUGUGUGGUUAUGUAUAUAUAUUACUGUGUUUAGUGUUUAUGACUGUUUGCAGUUAAGUUAAAAAAAGAUGUGAAGAAGAUGCCAAAAGGUUACCUAAGGUAUCAAACAUCAUUUGUAGACUUUCAUGUCAGUAAAGCCUGAUGUAGCAGAUUGGUGUUACAGUUUCACACACUUGCAACAAAUUUUCUAUAAUUACUUGAUAACUUGAUUUUUAUGUUUUUUAAUUGUUAUGCACCAUAACACCAAGACAAAGUCAUUGUAUUUGUAAACCUACUUGGCAAUAAACCUGAUUCUGAUAAUCAAUAAGAAAUGAUCCAGUAGUCUAUAUUCAUGUGUUACUGAUCAUCAGUUAUUCAGUAUGAACACUAAUAUAAGGCAUGAUUACGAGUUUAUUCUUUAAAAGUGUGUAUGCAGCGUUUCUAUUGUUUCUGCCUCUGUCAGAUAACCCAAUGAGCAGUCCACUAAUACACUGCGCUAAUAGGAUUGUGAGGUGUGAUUUAGUCUUGUCAAGCUCCAUUCACAUGUUCAGUCACAGUCAGGUGUUGCAGCCUGAGAGACAGACAUGAAGGACCCGCAGCUUGCAGCCAUCAAAACGCGUUUGUGGCCAAAGCAGAAAGUGAGUAAGAAAUCCAAAGAUGAGCCUCCAAAGGAGGAGAACAUAACCAAGCCCCUGUCCUCCUCCGCCAUAUGUGCCAUCCCACAGCUGACUGAAGCAGAGAGAAUGAGGCAAUCACCAUUUGAGAGGGUUGUCUAUGACAUGGCCCACAAUGAGAGGAUCGUCAAUGACCUGAUACUGGGUCGAAGGGUCGGCUUCUACGAGCUGCGGGGAGAGAUCGGGCAGGGUAACUUCUCCUCUGUCAGGCUGGGCAUCCAUGCUUUAACUAAAGAGAGAGUCGCUGUUAAAGUCAUCGACAAGCUGCGUUUGGAUAAGAGGGGCCAGCCUAUGACUGUCUCUGAGAUCAACUGCAUGGAAAAGCUGUGCCACCCAAACAUAGUGCGUCUGUACGAGGUGAUCGAAACAAGCAGGAAGCUAUAUCUGGUGAUGGAGUAUGGCAAUGGUGGAGAUCUGUUCUCUCGAAUCACCACCAGGGGGAAGCUUAGCGACCUGGAAACUAAACUCAUCUUUGCACAAGUCAUCUCUGCUGUUAAACACAUGCAUGACAACAACAUCGUCCACAGAGACCUUAAGGCAGAAAACAUCUUCUACACCACCAGCUACUGCAUCAAGGUCGGUGAUUUUGGCUUCAGCACCGAGUGUGGCCCCAGCGAGCUUCUUACCAAUUUUUGCGGGUCGCCGCCGUAUGCUGCUCCUGAACUGUUCAAGGAAAAAGGUUACAUUGGGCGCUACUCAGAUAUCUGGGCUUUAGGCAUCCUCUUGUACUUCAUGGUGACGGCCACUAUGCCCUUUUAUGGGGACAACCUUGGGAGGCUGAAGCGUUGCAUCCUUCAGGGGGCCUACAGUAUCCCUGCUUAUGUGCCUGAUCAGUGCCAGCUGGUCAUAAAAGGCAUGCUGCGCCCUGUGCCUGUUGAUCGCUCCUCUCUCACACAGAUUAUAAACAAUGCUUGGCUGAAGGGGAUUGAGUACCCCUGUCCGUAUGUGUUGUUGCCCCUGACCCCAGCCCACUUCGCCCAGGCUACCCAGGCUCUCUGCACGGAGGAGCAGGAGGUGAAGAGUUUGCUGUCAGAUCUCGGCAUUGUGACAGUUCAUUUCCAAAACAAUCCCUGUUUAGACUGUAAGAGUCCGUUGACCGGGACUUACCGGAUCCUCCUCCAUCGCGUGCAGAAGAGGAGGUCAGUAGAGGCUGUGGGCUAUUCAGCACUUCACCCUGAUGAGUACAGAAGUCCGAGGAAAUGGGCUGUUGCAUCCGCGGACAAACAUGCUCCCUCUGCGGUCUGUGUUAUACUAUAACAACAACUGGACUGCUUUACUUGUUGCUACACAGGCACUUUAUAACAUACACAUGUGCCCAUUUGCUUGCGGACACCCUUCAGGCUCUUGUAAUAGGGUCAAAGUCUGACAGUUCCUCUAUCCUACUGUUUAAGUCAAUUACAGCUCACAGACAAGGGCAUCUCUCCUAAGUAAUUAGCUGUGGCUGUCUGUGCUGAUAACAUCACCAGCUAUAGUCAGUACAACAAGCUUACUGACGUAAAACAUUUAUCAAUCACUGUAUGGCUAUGAGCAUCUUCUGAUCCAUCUGAGUCAGAGCAUAAAUCUACUGGACUAAUCCAAGGCCAAAUGUAAUCCUAAUAAGGGAGAAACUGAGAACAUUGCUUCAUCCAACAGAAAUGAAACCUGAGACUAUGGUCACAAGGUCAGAACAGACUGACUGUAAAAUCAGUCUGCUGCGAUCUCUAAUGUUUUUUUGUGUGUUUUAAUCAUAGAAACUGAUUCCCAAAUGCCUUCAUUAAAUGCACAUUUAUGACUGUAACAAAAAAGUCUGGAGCCCUCAAUUUGUUUAAGGUUUUGCACAAUUUUAAUCUAAUUUUCUUCAUAUUUUUGUUAAGUAUUGUGCUAAUGUAUGUGUUUAUAUUUUAA